AUGAAGGAACAAAGCAAUAAAUUUUCUCUUUUUAAAGUCUUCACAUACAAUGUGUUAAUAUGGUCUUUGGAGUACUAUUCCAAUGGGACCGCCUCCCUCUGCAACUCUUUCGAUGGUCAGUUCGCAGAAAGCAGUAUUGUAGGUACUAGAGCUGGUAGAAUAUUAAAGGGAGAAACUGAUGUUUUGGCUCAAAGGAAAUAUGAUUCCAUUAAUGGAAAACUGAUAGAUAUCGUAAGCGAAAGUGAUGGCUUUGGAAACGAAUUUAAUUCUUUAAAGAAAAACAGAAAGUUAGGAAAAUCAUCCGAUACGUUUAGCACUUUCAGCAGCUUCAAUGAAAGAGGAGCUCCAUCAGAAUACAAAUACAGCCCAAGCAUAGCAGGAUCAUACAUGACAGAGAAAUCUUCGGCUACAUCCACAAGUUCAAGAAGUUCUAAUAGCACCAGAAGUUCUAAUAGCGCCAGAAGUUAUAAUAGCUCCAGAAGUUAUAAUAGCUCCAGAAGUUCUAAUAGCUCCAGAAGCUCUAGAAGCUCAAAGAAAUCUGAUAAUAUUGACAAAUCUAGAGGUUCCGUAUCAUACAAUUCAUACCGUGAUGAUGCAUCCUACUACACUGAUGAAACUGCAGGUUCAUCUACAUUAGGAAGCGAAUAUGGUUAUGGUGACGAAACUCAAACACCAUAUGGAUCUUCAUAUGAGAGUAAAGAAUAUUUUAAUGAAGAUCAAUCUGAUGUAGCCUCCAAAUAUACGGACUACUAUGAUGACGAAUCAGUUAGUUAUUUCAAAAGAAGAAGACCCAAAAAAUCAAAAUAUGAUUACUUUGACUUUCCCGAAGAAGGUAAACAAGAAAAAUGUGCAGUAUCAUCCGUAAUGAAAUUCUUGAAAAAAUCUGAUGCCAUGUACGAAACCGAACUACUCAAUUUUAUGUCCGCAAACUACAAAGAUCGCAUGCAAGGUGGACCAGUUGGUGGAAAAAAAUAUUCCAAACUUUUUGCUAUUUCUGCCCCAGUAAUUGUAAACGUCGUCUUCAUAAUUAUAUCUGUACUCCUCACAUCAGAUGUUGGUUUGAUAACAUCUGUGAUCCUUUUGGUCUUAUCAUUAAUAUAUGUAUAUCGUAAACAGAAAAAGUGUCGACAAAUGUGCUAUCGUUACGGAAUCGAUGGAAAAAAUGCAAGAGGAUCAAUAAAGUACUAA